ACCAAAAGGGCCACACCACGCCCUCUACGCUGGGGUGCCGGCGCCCUAAGCGUUCCCUUUCGUCGAUCGUCGAUCGCGGCUCCCUCCCUCCCGGAUGCCUGACUCCCGGUGCUCCGUCCGUCUCGUGCGUCAGACCAGCAUUGCUCCAUGCAAUCCAGGAGUGAGCUUCGGCUGCCUCGCCAACGACCCGCGGCAGGUGUGGGUUCACAAGUGCCGUGGGAUAUUUCGCUGUGACGGCGGCGGGAACUUCUUGUGUGGGAACUUCUCGUACGACGGGUACCGGUACGACGAAUUGUACACCUGCGGAUGCGAGCCUGCGGCGCCAUCGCCUCAGCAGCCGUGUCGGAGGGCUGCGACGCGCGCUCGCCGCCACCGUUGCCCCUCUGGCGGCCCCAUCUGCAUCUUUGUCCUGACCGAAGCUGGCAGGCCUGCGUAUCUCGACCGGCUCGUCUCUGUCGCUGUCACCUGGGCGACGACGCCGCUGCCUGCAAACACGAGCCUUCAUUUUGUGCUCUCCGCCCACGGGAUCUCUUCGCUCUUUGACCAGAAGAACCUCUCGAGCCGCGUUGCCUCGCUCCGUGCUUCCGCGGCUGCGAGGCUGGCCAAGCACAUGGCGGCAUCAGCGCCGCACAUCUCGGAGAGGACCCCGGCGCUCCGAAACGACAACCUUGUCGUCUUGGACGACUCCAUCCGCGACAGCUUCAGGCUCGAGCCACGAGCCUACGCGCAGCGCCUCGAGUGGGCAUUCCACGCGGCGCGCGAGCGCUUUGCCAGCGCGUGUGAGUGGAUCGUGAUGACCGAGGACGACACGUAUGUCGACAUGCACGCGGUGCGCUGGGCGGUCGACUGCCUGCUGGCUCCGGUGAGAGAGCGCCAGUUCUGGUACACUGGUCAAGUGUUUGGCCACAGCUGGGGCGACUUUGUUCACGGCGACUUUAUGCUCUUGAACCGGAAGGCCUUCGUGUGGACGGACGAUGCCAUCCGCCACUGCCCGCUGGCGCGCGUCUUCUGGAGCGACAGGUGGCUCGGCGGCUGCAUCAGGCACGCUGCAGGCUGGCCCAACUACCCAGAGAGGCCGAAGCAUCCCCUCGACUACCACCGUGCGCCAGAGAUGAGGCCGAAACGGUGGCCAUCUGCGAUCACUGUCGACACCUUGACGGCGCUCCCGGACCUUGCCAAAACGCUGCUACGCGCGAGACGAGCGCGCGGGGCCAACGACUCGGCCGGGCGGUGGCGCCUAGCCGGCGCUCGGGCCCAAAGUCUUCAGCUGGGACUGCUGCGCUCGACGAGCUACCACAAAUUGUCUCCAGACGACAUGCUGGCCGUCCACGCCAUCCUCCAGGAGGACGACCUCGCCCACGCGCGACGCGAGCUCUUCUCGCGGGGAGGAGGAAGGGCGCGCGCAGAGUCAACAGAAAGAAUGGGAGCGCACGCACUGUGCUCGGAGCCCCGCCAGCGCCUGCGCUCCUAAGCGCGUCCGUGCUAGAGCUAGGGGGGGAGUCCUGAGCCAUUCGGCGCGUGAGGUGAGGCGCGGGGCGCGGCAUUGCAGAAUCCCAAUGUGCAGUUAUGUUUUUUUUGAGAGCGCCUUCGUUGUUAAUAGUACAAACCCAAU